GGCGCUCAGUAGCUGACGGAGGGUGAUGAGCCGUUUUGGCAACCACGUUUGUUCCAGCAACUGAUCCCGUUGAUGAGGUCUUCGGCAAGUUCCGCCGACCGUUUGUUGUCUACAACCCUGCAGGCAAAAUUCCUGGCAGGUAUCAGGAUCCCAAAUCCCUUAAACCAACAUGACUAUUCAUUCCAUCGUCGUGGAUGCAGUCUUAUUUGACAUGGAUGGAACCCUUAUAGACUCUACACCAGGUGUCAUGGCUGCCUGGAAUAUAUUCGCGAAGGAUUACGGACUCGAUGCUGAAACAGUCGCUCACGCAUCUCAUGGUCGCAGACUGUACGACACGCUCAGGGAAUUCUGCAAGAUCGAAGAAGAUGAAAAACUUCUGGCAGAAGUAGCAAGAUUCGAGGAAGAAGUCAUCAAAGGCGGACCUGUGGCAUUACCGGGUGCACUCGAACUCAUCAAACAGAUACAAUCCGGAAACCCAUCUGCCGAAGCUCAGAGACAUGCUUGGGUGAUCGCAACCUCCGCCACAAACGUCUAUACACCGCGUGCCCUAGCAGCAUGUGGCAUUCCGAUCCCACCUGCAGGACUUGUCACAUCAAACGAUGUUGCUCAGGGAAAACCUCACCCUGAUCCAUACCUUGCAGCUGCAAAGCGGUGUGGCGUCCUUCCUGAGAAUUGCCUUGUUGUCGAGGACGCACCUUCUGGCUUGAAUUCAGGACGUACUGCUGGGUCUAAGACUCUCGCUGUAUGCACUUCACAUUCAAAGCAGUCUAUUCUUGACAAGUCCAGCCCAGACUACAUUGCCAAGGACCUCACAAGGGUGUCCGCUAAUUGGGUAGACGGGAAAUUAGAGUUUAGCAUAGAUGAUUCUGAAUAGGAACUGCAACGAGGCACUUAUUGGUACAACAGGACAAAGCGAUGUUAGACAUUACAGACCCG